UUGGAUGGGAUCGUGCGGGUGCGCUCUGUCCGGACGGUUGUUGGGAUCCAUUUUGCUGCCAACGCUCGUAGUCGUUUCGGGUUAGAGGUGUGGACUGGGGGCGCUGACGAAGGCCACCUUUCAGAGCCGCAAAGCCCAGGGCAUCGACCACAGCAAGCGCGCCCGCAACCUUUCCACUCUUUCAGUCCUUUCUUCACGAUGGCGACGGCGCUGGGCCGGACAGAAGCCUACUCCCUUCUCUCUUUAUCACUUGCGUGUUUCGGGAUCUUGGCCAACACCCUCCAGGGCGAGGGCGAGCCGCUGAUUGCGUCGAUUGCUUUUAGCGGACUGGCCUUUGCCUUCUGCUAUGCCCUCAUACGAUGGCUAGGACAAGCCUUCAUGCGACGUGGUUUCAAAGGCAGAGAUUUGUGCAAGCUCAAACAAACGGAGAUCCCUGAGACUAUGGGUGCCGUUUGUGCUAUGGUGUAUCUGUUCACAAUUGUUGUAUUCAUUCCUUGGCCAUUCUAUAAAGACAUUGUUGCCGCCACUUCUGGCGGAGGCAAUCGAGAUGUGAUGAGGGAGUUGGAGCAGGUUGAAACAGGCCGCCUCCUUCACAGGUUUCCUCACAAUAAGCUGGCGUCGUACCUCUCCGCCAUCCUAUCCCUCCAAUGCAUCGUGCUACUUGGGAUCGGCGACGAUCUUUUCGACAUUAGAUGGCGACACAAGGUCCUUAUCCCGGCUAUUGCCGCUAUUCCCAUGCUCAUCGUCUACUUUGUUGACUUCGGUGUCACUCAGAUGGUCGUUCCGACACCUUUGAGACCCUACCUUGGGGAGCUUUUUGACCUUGGCUGGCUGUACUACAUCUACAUGGCUUUGCUGUCCAUUUUCUCCUCAAACAGCAUUAACAUCCUCGCUGGCAUUAACGGGAUCGAGGUCGCCCAAUCGCUAGUCAUUGCACUGCUUAUUGUCUUCAAUGACGCCCUGUAUUUGUUCGUCACGCCUUACCCCCACCCAGCGACCGACUCGCAUCUUUUCUCCCUGUAUCUUCUGCUGCCGUUUAUUGGCGUAUCGCUGGCCCUUUUAAUGCACAACUGGUACCCUGCCAAGGUGUUUGUGGGCGAUACGUAUUGUUACUUUGCGGGCAUGGUCUUUGCCGUUGACGGCAUCCUCGGCCAUUUCAGCAAGACACUGAUCUUACUCCUCAUUCCCCAAGGGUUCAACUUUGUCUACUCGGCGCCACAGCUUUUCCAUCUCGUACCAUGUCCCCGACAUCGGCUCCCCCAUUUCAACGCUCGGACGGGGUUACUAGAGUGCUCUCGAGUCGAAUUUGAGAGACCGCUCACUCGACCGAUAGCGGAGGGCCUAAAGUUGCUGCACCGGCUUCGGAUGCUGGACGUCGAAGUCAACGGGGAGGGGAGAGUGGUGUCUUGUUCAAACUUUACUAUCAUCAACCUGUGGUUAGUCUGGUUUGGGCCUAUGCGGGAAGAUCGGUUGGCGCUUGGGUUGUUGGCGUUUCAGACGGCCGUUGGACUUGUUGGACUCUUCAUUCGGCACCGCAUGGCGUUGCUCGUCUUCACACAGGACAAUUGGUGAAGGACCGUGCUGGCAUAGGCAAAGUGCAUUGUAGAUUACAGGAGCCGGGUUGGAUCUAU